AUGCUGAAACCGUUGGUUAAAAAGUUCGCAAUCUGGGCAACUAUCAUAACAAUAAUAACAAAUAUCUAUAUCUUCACAUACCCAUCAAUUCAUCCAACUCAAUGUUCAUGGAAAUGUUAUGAUAAAACUAAUGAAUCUUCUGAACCAGACAUAUCAUCCUUAUCUUCUCUAGGAAAAUAUACAUACUAUACAAAAAGAUACCUAAACGAUAUCAAAAAUCAAUACCUUACCAAGACUGAACAAGAAAAUACUAAUGAUAUUCACCUAUUAGCAUUCGGUGAUCCACAAAUAAAAGGAAUCUGGCAUAACACUCCUUACAUCACCAGAUUAGAUACAUUCGGUAACGAUUAUUACCUAGGACAUAUCUAUUCUAUGAUGCAAAAAAGACUAUCACCUACUCAUGUGGCCAUCAUGGGUGAUUUAUUUUCAUCUCAAUGGAUUGGUGAUUCUGAAUUCUUUAAUAGAACGAAAAGAUAUAUGAAUAGAAUCUUUAAACGGAAUGCAGAUGAUACGUGGUUAUACGAUUUAAAAAAAAAUAAUCAUGAUGAAAUGGGGUUAUAUAAAGUUAAUUGGACUAAAUAUGCCAACGAGUUUAAAUUGAACCCAAAUAAUAGUUUUGCAGGUUAUAAAGAUGUUUAUAGUUGGGAUCCCGAAAAUGAAAACUAUUUGUUUAUUAAUAUCACUGGAAAUCAUGACGUUGGGUACUCGGGGGAUGCCACUUAUCAACAUAUGAGUAGGUAUCAUGAAAUCUUUGGUAAGGAUAAUUUUUUCAUUGAAUAUGAUGUGGAAACUGAUCAUCCUUGGAGAAUUGUCGUUUUAAAUACUUUGACUUUGGAAGGUCCUGCUUUACAACCUGAAUUUGUUGAUAAUACUUGGGAAUUCCUUUAUCAAGUUUUUGAAAGAAGAUUUAAUGGUAGUACAAUUCUUUUAACUCAUGUACCAUUUUAUAAAGAAGAAGGGUUAUGUGUAGAUGGCCCUGAAUUUAGAUAUUAUCCAGAAGUUUAUGAAAAGGAACCUUAUAAGGCAAAUCUAUUAAGGUCUCAAAACCAUAUGAGUGAAGAAGCUACAAAUAAAGUUUUCAAUUUAAUUUUUGAUAAUAAGAAACCUGGUAUUGUAUUGAACGGCCAUGAUCAUGAAGGUUGUGAAACCAUAUAUAACAAAAAGGGAGCUUCAUGGAUAGCUACUAAGGACAUUGAUCCAUCAGCAGAUUAUUAUUUACAAGAAAUUACAGUAAGAGCAAUGAUGGGUGAGUUUAAUGGGAAUACAGGGUUAGUCACAGGUCAUUUUAAUGAAUUAACAAAAUUAUGGGAUUUCAAUUUCACAUUGUGUCCAUUUAAUAUUCAACAUUUCUGGUGGGCUGCAAAGGCUUCUGCCAUUAUAACAGGUUUUAUUUGGUCAUUUUAUGUUCUUUUAUAG